UAAUCUUUUAUAAACAUUUAUAUUCUUUCAUACUCUUUUAUAAACAUUUAUAUUCUUUUAUAAUUAAUCAAAUACUUAUUCUAUUUCUUAAAAGGAAAGAAGAAAAUCCAAAAAAAAAUUUUAUAUUGAAAAUACAAAAAAAAUAAUAAAAACGCUUGAACUUAAAAAUCCAACUUUUCUUCAAACGAAAGUAGAUAUUCAGAAAUUUAAAGAUGAAACAAGAUAGAAAACAUUCGAAUCCUAGAUAAAAUUUUCAAAUACAGUAAGCGUUCGUUAUGACGAACGAUCUAAACAAGAGAGAAGAAAAACGCUUAAGAUAAUAAAAAGAAAAAAUAAACAGAA